AUGGGCUUCACCGCCGACCGCUUUGGGGGCCGCGCUCUUUUGGCCCUCGGAGGUGGAGACGCAUCAGCGCUCAGGUCUAUAAAGGGUUCAGAGGGCUCGGUCUCUCAGAGUUCAGAGGGCUCGGGCUCAGUCUCUCAGGGUUCAGAGGGCUCGGUCACUCAGGGUUCAGAGGGCUCGGUCUCUCGGGGUUCAGAGGGCUCGGUCUCUCAGGGUUCAGAGGGCGCGGUCACUCAGGGUUCAGAGGGCUCGGUCUCUCAGGGUUCAGAGGGCUCGGUCUCUCAGAGUUCAGAGGGCUCGGGCUCGGUCUCUCAGGGUUCAGAGUGCGCGGUUACUCAGGGUUCAGAGGGCUCGGUCUCUCAGGGUUCAGAGGGCUCGGUCUCUCAGGGUUCAGAGGGCUCGGUCUCUCAGGGUUCAGAGGGCGCGGUCACUCAGGGUUCAGAGGGCUUGGUCUCUCAGGGUUCAGAGGGCUCGGUCUCUCAGAGUUCAGAGUGCGCGGUUACUCAGGGUUCAGAGGGCUCGGUCUCUCAGGGUUCAGAGGGCUCGGUCUCUCAGGGUUCAGAGGGCGCGGUCACUCAGAGUUCAGAGGGCUCGGGCUCGGUCUCUCAGGGUUCAGAGUGCGCGGUUACUCAGGGUUCAGAGGGCUCGGUCUCUCAGGGUUCAGAGUGCACGGUUACUCAGGGUUCAGAGGGCUCGGUCUCUCAGGGUUCAGAGGGCUCGGUCUCUCAGGGUUCAGAGGGCUCGGUCUCUCAGAGUUCAGAGGGCUCGGUCUCUCAGAGUUCAGAGGGCUCGGGCUCGGUCUCUCAGGGUUCAGAGUGCGCGGUUACUCAGGGUUCAGAGGGCUCGGUCUCUCAGGGUUCAGAGGGCUCGGUCUCUCAGGGUUCAGAGGGCUCGGUCUCUCAGGGUUCAGAGGGCUCGGUCUCUCAGGGUUCAGAGGGCGCGGUCACUCAGGGUUCAGAGGGCUCGGUCUCUCAGGGUUCAGAGGGCUCGGUCUCUCAGGGUUCAGAGGGCUCGGUCUCUCAGGGUUCAGAGGGCUCGGUCUCUCAGGGUUCAGAGGGCGCGGUCACUCAGGGUUCAGAGGGCUCGGUCUCUCAGGGUUCAGAGGGCGCGGUCACUCAGGGUUCAGAGGGCUCGGUCUCUCAGGGUUCAGAGGGCUCGGUCUCUCAGAGUUCAGAGGGCUCGGGCUCGGUCUCUCAGGGUUCAGAGGGCUCGGUCACUCAGGGUUCAGAGGGCUCGGUCUCUCAGGGUUCAGAGGGCUCGGUCUCUCAGGGUUCAGAGUGCGCGGUUACUCAGGGUUCAGAGGGCUCGGUCUCUCAGGGUUCAGAGGGCUCGGUCUCUCAGAGUUCAGAGGGCUCGGGCUCUCAGGGUUCAGAGGGCUCGGUCACUCAGGGUUCAGAGGGCUCGGUCACUCAAGAGUUUGUCCUCUCCCCCAGCAGUUCCGUGUCCCUCCGUGCACCUCUCGUUUUACCGAUUCGCAAUCACUGA